UCCAACCGGGGAGGGGCCUUGGGGGGUCUCCCUGGGCCCCGCUCCGGAAGAGGCCGAGGCCUCGGCGCCCCCUCGGCCAGUCCGUCUGUCGUCCCUGCAGGGUCCGGGCCCCGGCCUGCCCCCCGCCAUGACGUGCCCUGCCUCCUGCUCCCGCCUCCUGGGCUUCAGCCUCGCCGUCUUGGCCCUCCUCGCCGCCGCCGUCAACGUGGCCCUGCUCUUCCCGACCUGGGAGGGGACCUACCUGAGCGACGGCCACAUCGGCAAGCACGCUCUGCUGGGCCCGGGCCUCUGGGGAGGGGGCCUGCUGGUGCUGUGCGCGGCCGUCCCCAUCGCCGCCUCGGGUUGGAGAUGCGGCUGCUUCCGAAACUCCGGGCCCUGCCAGAACAUGCUCCUCUGCCUGCUGACGGCCGGCCUGGCUUUCUUCGGAGCGGCGGUUUGCUUCGUCGUCUCGGGCGUGGCCCUGAAGACCGGCCCCCUCUGCCUGUUCGACGUCGCCGCUCCCAACCGGACCCGCACCCAGAAAUGGGGUUAUCCCUUCCUACACCUACACCGCAGGCUCCUCCCCUCUCAAAGCCUUACGCCUGGAAGGGAAAGACACUAUCUCCACGACCGUUCGCUCUGGGAUUCCGUCUGCAUCGAGCCCCCGGAAGCCGUGACUUGGCACGUCUCCUUCUUCUCCACUCUCCUGGCCAUCAGCCUCCUCCAGUUGCUCCUGGUGGUCACGCACGUCGUCAGCGGCUUCUGUGGCCUCCUCUGUGGAUUCUGCGGGAAGAGCUAAGCAAGCUUACAGUCUUCACCCAUUUCCUUCUUGCUUCGGUGGACUCCGGGUGACGGACUCUACUCUCUCCAUCUGAAAGAGGCACCUUUGGACUCCACACCCGAAAACCAACGCGCGGCAACUCCCCUCCCCAGGCCAAAGCCCGGGCCAACUCACCCCGGGGAACAACCUAGAUCUUCCGGUCCAGAGUCCAGCGGUGGGAUGGGCUUCCCCUGCGAGGGGUGUUUGUUCUCUGCCUGGCCUGUGGAACAAUUCUGCCUAGAAAGAGAGGAAGAAGGAGCCAGAGCAGGGAGAAAAAGGAGACAGCUGGUAAACG